ACCGCGGAGCAAAGCACACUCUUCCAUCUUUGCCCCCCCCCCCCACCCCGCCUCUCGUCGCAGUCGCCUCCUCUUCCCCGCGGUCUCAAACCCUGCGCACACGCGCAGCUCACCGCCGCGAGCGGAGGCCAGGAGAUCACGGAAGCGAGAUCCUGCAGCUUUGCGUCGGCGAGGACUGAGCCGAGGCUCUCCCCUUCCACCGAUCCGGAUCCCUCACGGCCCGAGCGAUCUCCGGCAGCGCCCUCGACGGAUCAACUCUCGCCCCAUCGCCGCGGUAAGUCUGCGUGUGUCGAUCUAGAGGCGGUUUUUGGUCUGCGGCGGGGGUUGAAAUGGAGGACUUGCUGGACACGGAGAUCGGGAAGAGCGACUACGACUGGCUUCUGACUCCUCCUGGAACACCCCGUGUUUCUGCAUUAGAUGCUGCUGAGAAAGCCCCAUCCUCAAAUUUGACUAAACGCACUGUUACCCGAUCAUCCUCGACAACUAGAGCAUCAAGGCUUUCCACUUCUGAACAAGAGAAUUGGCAUUCCACAUUUCCCACUAGACCAGCACGAAGUAACUCUGUCUCUCGCCCUUCAAUUCAAUCUACUCUUAUGUCUAGCAACAACAGGUCAUCAGUUCUCAAUGCAAGCAUUUCCUCUGUCAGUUCAAGACCUACAACCCCGAGCAAGCGAACUGCCACUCUUACUGUAUCAAAGCCAUCUGUUCCAUCUUCACGUCCAUUGCCAACACGGUCCUCUACACCAGUCAAAACCCGUCCGUCUACACCAGUCAAAACUCGGCCAUCUACUCCAGUGAAAAAUCAUCUUUCUGUGGCCAGCUCUAUGGCCAACUCAGCUGCUCCCAAGACCACAUCCGCACAAAGCUCGAGAUCAUCAACUCCUACCUCUCGGUCUCGAAUCAUGUCCAAUUCAUCUUCAAGCACAACUAGUGCAGUGAGCCGUCCCAGCUCAUCCUCUGGUAAAAUUCCUGCAAUAAGUCGUACCACCUCUUCCUCAAGUACAGUUCCUUCAGUGAGUCGUUCUAGCUCUCGGUCAUCCACACCUACUCGUCAGCCUGCGAUGCGUUCGUCAGCGCCAUCUGUUGGUCGCUCACCUUCUGUUGGGCGGAUUUCUGGCAGCAAUAACUUGACAUCUAAUGGCAGACCCUUGGCCAGUAGUGGUCGGAAUUCAGCGCCUUCUUCAGCACCAUCAUCCCGUCCAAGUUCCCCAAAUACACGGCCACGAGCUCCAGUUCGGCCACUGGAUAUUCCAGAUUUCCCAAGUGAAACUCCUCCUAACUUAAGGACUAAGCUGCCAGAACGACCACCCUUUGCUGGUAGAAUUCGACCAGGAAUGGCUGCGGGGGUCAGGUCAACCCCGAAUGCUGAACCAGUUUCCUCAGCUCCUGUGAAAAAGAUGUCCGUGCCUGCUAUAACUGGAAGUAGGUUCACUGAUGUAGCAUCAAAGACAUCUUCUCUUACCAAUAAGCACCAAAAUAGGCAGAGCGAUAGAUCUGUUUUGGAAGGCCAACCUGCCAGAACCUCAAGGUCUGUCACAGCUGCCGACAAUGGAUUUGGCAGGACAAUUUCGAGGAAGUCACUUGACAUGGCAAUCAGGCACAUGGACAUUCGACAAAAUUUGGGUGGUAUCCGUGGUACAUCUCUAUUUCCUCAUAGCAUUCGCUCUACUACUGCCAAGGGCCGACCAUCUAGAGUGUCAGACCCAGGCCAUUCCAUCUCAAAUGGUGACCGAUACGCCGAUAAUGGCAGCAGCAACGGACACUUCUCUGGAGAUUCUAGCGGUGCUCUUUCACACAACGGUGGGAGCUCAAUUGGUUCCCCAGAUAGGGAAAGCAUCGGAACUAAAGAGGUUCUGAGUGAAUUGGAUAUAUAUGCCAAUUCGCGGUAUGAGGCGAUGUUGCUGAGGGAGGACAAAAAGAACACGAGCUGGUUGCACAGUGUGGACGACAAGUCCGACCAGAGCCCAGUGUUCGAUCACAGGUUCGAGCCGCUCCCUGAGCCAUUUGGUCCGCUAUGAACUGUUUACUACCAGUAGAGGUUUCGUUCAUUGUUCUGUUCUACCCUAGCUAUUGCAAGCUGUAUGCUGUUAUCUGUUUCCGUUUGGUCUCCCACUUCCCCCAUCUUUUCAUAGAUCUGCUAAAACAGAAUGAUCGUGGGGUUUGUACCUUGUACUCCUUUAAUAGCUUGAGUCUCGAUUUUGCGCUGAAAAUCCAAUGUACGGGGACAUUAUAUACUCCAUUUACAACCUUAACUAUCA